AUGGGCCUCGGCUCAAGCGUCUCAUCCCUGCUCGAGACCUAUGAUAACUGCAUUUCGCUUCUGAAAGCCUUCAAGAGGCGGGACAAGCAAGAUGGCAACCGCAAGGUCGUAAAGGCAAGCGACCAACAAGCGUUGCUGAAGCACUCGCUGAAGACGGACCGUAAGAGAGUCGAGCGGGCUUAUUCAUCUCGGGUGUCUGAGUCUGGAGGGCGGUUUGAGAAAGGCGACAGGAAGGCGCUCUCAGCCCUGGGCAGAGUCAUCCAGAAGCUCAAUGCGGCUAUCGCCAGCCUGCUACGCACGGCUAGCAAGGGCCAGGGCCAGGCCUUGGACUAUCAAUCUCUGAUGUCGCUGUCAAAUUCGUCUCGAUUACAGGCCAUCAAGACCUUUGACCAGCUCUCGCGUCGACUGGACAGCAAGUCGUCUCGAAGCUCGGUUGCUUCGACCGCAUCUUCAAAAUCGUCACGGACAUCGAAGUCCUCCACCAGCAAAGCCUCGAAGUCAACGAGUUCGUCCAAGUCGAGCAGCGCCUCCAAAUCGACUGACAGUAGGGGCCAUAAGAAGACGAAGACGUCCAAGAAACGCGAUCAUGCCGAUCGUAAGGAACCGAAGACUAGAGAUGCUGAGCGGGCGAACGAGAGACCGUUACGCCUCGAGAUGAGACUCGCGACACCGCUGCUGGACUCGAUGGAUCGCAGCCUUGAGCACAGCACCAGCAGCUCUCUCAGGCGACGGCCCAGUUUUGCGAAUCGGUUCUCACUUAUUUCAAUGUCCUCGGACAGCACGAGGCUGGGGGAGAUUCCAGAGAGGAAGUGGCAUCGUCGAUACGACACUUCAGAUGGUAGCUCGGAGGAGUACAACACACCAGUCAUGUACCCAGUACGACCGUACCAGCCGCAGGUCAAGGAGAGAAGGUUCUUGGGACUGUUCAGGCGAGCACCGACCGUGAGCGAGUAUUGA